AUGACGCGCAAGUCCGUCCUUUCCGUCAAUGCCGGAUCCUCUUCGGUCAAGCUUACAUUCUAUACUUUCGAGAAGACUCCCAAAGUGAUCGCUGCAGCUCAGGUCUCCGGCAUCACCGCUCCUCCAGCGAAGCUAAAAUACACCAGCGGCUCUACACAACACAAUGAGGAACUUAAGGACAGCCUCAACACCCCACAGGAUGCCUUCAAGUUUCUCCUCCAUCGCUGCAUCUCUGACCCCGAGCUUUCCGAAGUCGCCAGCACCGAUGAUCUAGCAUAUAUCUGCCACCGGGUGGUUCACGGCGGGAACUACGAGUCAUCCGUGGUGAUCACCGACGAAACCUUACACCAUCUCGAGAAGCUGGAGGACCUUGCUCCAUUACACAACUACUCCGCGCUGGAAAUUAUCCGCCAUUGCAGAAAGGAGAUCCCAUCCGUCAAGAGCAUCACCUUCUUUGACUCGGCCUUCCACCAGACCCUACCUAACCAUGUCAAGACAUAUCCGAUCGACCAGAAGACAGCCAAGGCCAAUAAACUCCGGAAAUACGGUUUCCACGGCAUCAGCUACUCGUUCAUUCUACGGUCGGUGGCCGAGUUUCUCAGCAAACCCAUUGAGCAGACCAGUAUCAUUGCGAUGCACAUCGGAAGUGGUGCUUCUGCCUGCGCGAUCAAGGACGGUCAAUCAGUUGAUACCACAAUGGGACUCACGCCUGUAGCCGGACUACCAGGCGCUACACGAAGCGGCGAUAUCGACCCAUCCCUCGUCUUCCACUAUACCAGCGAAGCCGGCAAGCUCAGCCCCGCCAGCACCAAAGAGAUGCAUAUCAGCACAGCCGAAGAAAUCCUCAACAAAAAAUCCGGUUGGAAAGCCCUAACCGGCACCACCGAUUUCGCCCAAAUCGCCGUCGAGAACCCACCCACAGAGAACCACAAACUGGCAUUCGAUAUCGUGGUCGACCGCAUCGCCGGCUACAUCGGCAAUUACUUCGUGAAGCUCGACGGACACGUCGACGCCUUGGUAUUCGCAGGCGGGAUCGGCGAGAAGAGUGCACUGCUUCGGAAAGCAGUCACCGAGAAGUGUCGAUGUCUGGGGUUCGCGGUUAAGACGGAGAAGAACGAGAAGGGGGCAGGCGAUGGGGAGACGGUGGUGGACAUUUCGAGGGGUGAGUCCAAGGGUCCAAGGGUACUGAUCUGUCAAACGGACGAACAGGUGAGUUGUCUUUCUCUUCCUCCUCCUACUGCUAUACCGUUUUCAUUGUUGUAUACACCUGCUAAUAAACGUCAUAUCCAGUUUGAAAUGGCCUACGGAUGUGUCAAGAAAUACGGCGAGACGGAGUCCAACAACUAA